UCCCAAUCCCGUCGUAUGCCGUGUCCCGGCUCCUCCGUGGGCGGGCCAAGCUCGAUGCCAUAUAUACCCUUCCUCGUCGGCCCCGCUGGUGGUGUGACUCUCGUGAGACCCAGACAGACUCUUUUCUGUUGUGCUAGAAGUCCUUUAGGCAAGCUCGUUUGAACAAGCUUCAAACGGAACAAUGGCAUCUUUGAGACAUCUGGCCGUCGUCGCUGCGACGUCGGUGACAGCCGUAUCGGCGCUAUACACCAAUGGCUCCGUCAUUGCACCAUGCGACUCUCCCAUCUACUGCCACGGCGACAUCCUCGAGCAGGUUGAGCUCGCGCGACCCUUUUCCGACUCCAAGACCUUUGUUGACAUGCCAGCUAUUAAGCCUCUAAAGGAGAUCCAAGCGGCUUUCGAUAAACUCGACAAACCUCUCAAAAACAAUUCGGCUCUCAAUGACUUUCUUGACACUUAUUUUGCCGAUGCCGGUGGCGAGCUGGAAGAAGUGCCCACAGAUGAGCUCGAGACCGACCCUGUAUUCCUCGACAAGGUCGACGACACCAUCAUUAAGGAGUUCACCAAAAAGGUCAUUGACAUCUGGCCCGACCUGACGCGCCGCUAUGCCGGCGACUCCAGUAACUGCACAGAGUGCCCCAACAGCUUCAUUCCCGUCAACCGAACCUUUGUCGUUGCGGGUGGCCGUUUCCGCGAGCCUUACUACUGGGACUCAUACUGGAUCCUCGAGGGACUGCUUCGCACGGGUGGAUCCUUUAUCAACAUCUCCAAGAACGCCAUUGAAAACUUCCUCGACUUUGUCGAGGAGUUUGGCUUUGUGCCUAAUGGCGCUCGCGUCUACUAUCUCAACCGCUCUCAGCCACCUCUGCUGUCCCAGAUGGUUAGGAUCUAUAUCGAGCAUACCAAUGACACCGAUAUCCUUGACCGAGCGCUGCCAUUGCUCGUCAAAGAGCAUGAGUUUUGGAUGACCAACCGCACGGUUGACGUUACCGUUGAUGGCAAGACCUACACCCUCAAUAGAUACGCCGUCUCCAACACGAGGCCGCGUCCCGAGUCAUACCGAGAAGACUACGUAACUGCCAACAAUGCUUCUUAUUACGCUGAAUCUGGCAUCAUUUACCCCGAGAACGAGAAAUUCAACCAGACACAAAAGGAGAAGCUGUACGCGAACCUGGCAAGUGGUGCCGAGAGUGGUUGGGACUACUCUUCACGGUGGAUCUCCCGACCCAAUGACGCUGCCCAGCACAACUACUUUCCUUUGCGGUACCUCAACGUCAAGAGUAUUGUUCCAGUGGACCUCAAUUCCAUCCUAUACGGCAACGAGAUCGCCAUUGCCGACUUCUUCGAGCAGACUGGCAACGAUACGGCUAGUGAGGACUGGCGAAAGGUGGCAGAGAGCCGUAGCAACGCCAUGCACGCUGUCAUGUGGAACAACACGCUCUUCAGCUACUUCGACUACAAUAUGACCUCCGGCUCUCAGAACAUCUUCUAUCCAGCCGACAGUGACACGGCGACGUACGAGAACCAGACGGCGCCUGCAGGCGAACAGGCCCUGUUUAGUGUUUCUCAGUUCUAUCCUUUUUGGCUCGGCGCUGCCCCCAAGUACCUCAAAGAGAACCCGUACGCCGUCCUCACUGCCUUUAGACGCGUGGUUGGAUAUCUCGACGACCGAAAGGGCGGCAUUCCGGCGACCAACUUCCACACCUCUGAGCAAUGGGAUCAGCCCAACGUGUGGCCACCCCUGAUGCACAUCCUCAUGGCUGGCCUUCAGAACACCCCCGCGACCUUUGGGAAAUCGGACCCUUCGUACCAAGCUGUCCACAAGCUAGCCCUUCGAAUUGCUCAAAGAUAUCUCGACUCAACCUUCUGCACGUGGUACGCGACGGGCGGAUCCACAUCCAAGACGCCCCAGCUCAAAGGCCUAACGGCUGACGACAAGGGCAUCAUGUUUGAGAAGUAUGCCGAUGACGCAAUCAAUGUAGCCGGUGGCGGAGGUGAAUACGAGGUCGUUGAGGGCUUCGGGUGGACAAACGGCGUGUUGCUCUGGGCGGUCGACACGUUUGGCAACGAGUUGAAGCGACCGGACUGCGGAGAUAUCAAGGCCGCAGAUGUCAAUUCCAAGCGCAGCCUGAGCGCGGUGAUGUUGAGUAAGAGAGAUGCGAACCGCGUGAAGAAGUUUGGCCGAAGACAGAGAGCGGAGAAGAAAAAUGUUUGAGCUUGAGAUGAGUGUAUGGAUACCAGAACUGUAGAUAUGCUGGUGUGACGGUGUGGAUAUUUCUAACCCAGGGACAGGCAGCUCUAUAAUUUACAUAUUUGUUACGCCAGUACGGAUCUUGAAUUUCGGGCACCUGAUUCAUCACCUUGAUUGUAGGCAAACAGGCACCUGUCACAAAAUAAAAUUCCCGUCCGUUAUC